AUGGUGGAAGAGUCUAAAGAGGAGACAGCGGGGGUGGCUGAUUCCCAGAACAAUGGAACUGAUGAGCAGGACCAGGAUGGUACCCCCUCUACUUCCACUGUCUCUACCUCUGCUCCGGUUCAGGUGCCCAAGGUGGUCCAGGGCCAGAGUUUCCUGUGUGCCCAGUGUGGAGCCAGCUUCAGUAAAGAGCCAGAGCUCAGUACCCACCGUAGGGACAAGCAUGGCCUGAACGAGCCGCUCCACCACUGUUCCCAGUGUGGCCAGAGCUUCAUGAACACCACCCAGUACCUUUACCACCGACGCCAGCACCGUGGGGAACCAGGGACUGGGGCAGGAGCAGCCACGGCCCCCCAGGGAAGCCCCCGCGCCCCCAAGAGGAUGCUGUCCCCCCCUUCCGCCUCGUCCAGUGCUGCGUCAGGCUCACCGGCUAAAAGACCUGCUAUCAGGAUACGCAGCAUCAACAAUCUCAAAGGUAGGUUCAACCCAAUGGCAGCUGGGUUCAACUCAAUGGGAAUACUUAACUCUGCUGUAAGGGUACCUAAAAAAUUAAUAAAAAAUAGCCUGGAAUCCUAACUGAUUCCAAUUCAAACUGAAUAUUGCUAAGUUUCACUAUUGUUGAAGGUUAUUUUGACUGACCGUCGCUAGUUUCUGACCAUGCUCCCUUUCCUCAUUGGGAAAACAAAGACAAGGGUAAAGAGGUGAAUCCAGUCAUCCUUAAGGAAGAGCAAGAGGAGAAGACUGUAGCGGAGGAACAACCUGACACCAACCUCCCCCCUCCAGCCAAGCUGAUGCAGGACUGGUCCCGCACCCCUCUCCCCCACGUCUGCCCCCACUGUGGCCAGACCUUCACACGCAGGGGGUUCCUCCGCGCUCACGUCUUCAGCCACACUGGAGAGAAGCUCUUCACCUGCAAGGUACUUCUAGACUGGAGAUGUGUUCUAUUGAAAAGGAUGUGAAAUAUUGAUGUUAAUGACUGAAACUAGUUGUGUAUAAACAAGUAGCAGGAGUUAGUUAGGAAUAGCUCUCCUAUUAUAUACUUAAUUAGUCUUUCUCUGUUUAAUCUAUGUGACGAAAUCUCAGUGCUCUUGUGCUAUGUGAAAUAGCUAUGUUGUACUGGGCUUUCUUCAAUCAAAUUCCUCCUCCUUGGUUAAUUCAGGUGUGUCAGAAGUCGUUUGCGUCCUCUCCCAACCUGCUGCGCCACAGCCUGACCCACAUGGGCACCAAACCUUUCCCCUGCUCCGUGUGUGGCAAGCGCUUCUCCCAGCCGGGCGUCCUGAAGAGGCACAGCCUCACCCACAGCCAGCCCAAAGCCCGUCGCCGCAGGUCCCGAUGGAAGGUCAGACAUGGGGGGAGUCAUUGCACCCUAUAGCACCCUAUAGCACCCUAUUCCCUAUGUGGUGCACUACUUUUGACCAGUGCCCAUAGGGCUCUGGUCUCCAUAGGGCUCUGGUCCCCAUAGGGCUCUGGUCCCAAUAGGGCUCUGGUCAAAAGUAGUGCAAUAUAUAGAGAAUGCGGAGCCAUUUGGGACACAGCCUGAUUACCUGAUUGUUUUUAGAACAUCUCUGAACAUACCACAGACAAGUCCUGGAGAGCCACAGCGUGAACAGGGUUUUGCUCCAGCCCAAACGGGUGUGUUGAUGCUGGGCUGGAACAAAUAUUUGUACACACUGUGGCUCUCUAGGAUCUGAGAAAUUCAGGAAUGCUAUUUGUCUCUACGUUAACAUUGAGACAGACUGUUAGUUGUAUCUCCUGAUGUUGUGCUGUGUCAAUGACGUCCCUGCAGAAGCGGACACCUGAGGGGGAGGAUGGAGAAAGCCAGCUGUUUGCCUGUCCCAACUGCACUGCUCGCUUCCAGACUGACCAACAGCUGCAGGAGCACAGGUAUGGCUGUGACUGGGCUGUGACUCAUUUAAAUGUGCAGGUUGAAAUCAACCCCAAAGGCCUGUUUCACAGAACUAGAUUAGACAAGGAGCACAGGUGACGCAUUUCAAUGUGUAAGUUACCUUGAUUGAACCCUGCAUGUUUUACAGGUAGAAACAAACACACGGCUGUACCGUAUUUACAGUGAAAGUAGAGCACAAGACAGGACUGAGAACAGGAGAUGUGCUACACAUAACCCAAACACAGGCCAGACCCUGUUCCUACACAGGCCGGACCCUGUUCCUACACAGGCCGGACCCUGUUCCUACACAGGCCGGACCCUGUUCCUACACAGGCCGGACCCAGUUCCUACACAGGCCGGACCCAGUUCCUACACAGGCCGGACCCAGUUCCUACACAGGCCGGACCCUGUUCCUACACAGGCCGGACCCAGUUCCUACACAGGCCGGACCCAGUUCCUACACAGGCCGGACCCAGUUCCUACACAGGCCGGACCCAGUUCCUACACAGUGAGGGGAUUUAGGCAGAGUUGUUAACAGAGACAGAGAUGCCUUGGUGCCCUUGAGCCCUCGCCAGCGAUGAUUGACAGGCGGGCGGCGGUAAAUUAAGAUAAUAAGGGGUAGGACGAGAAAGCGAUGGAGACAGACAGAAAGGUGUCAGAGUUUGGCCCUCUUAUUCUUAGGCUGAGGAACUAGAGGUGGGGGAUGCGAGGAGGGAGGGGGUGAGGCAGGAGAAAUGAUCCGGGGAUCAAUAGGAGGGCGUGAUCAGGGAGUGAAUGGAGCGUUACCCUUGAACUGCCUGUCAGUGUGUAGUUAGGGCGAAGCAGGAAGUCCCAGUGUCUCUGUGCAGGGUACAGUCCGUAUCCCUACACCCCAUCUCAUUAGCGAACAUUGGGGGGUGUGGAGAGACGACCUGGACUGAAACUUUAAUUCUCAGGGUCAUCUCGGCCUGAAAUAUUGAUUCCUGUUGUCAGCCCUGUGUAGAGGGAGGAUCGACCAGACAGUUUAUAUAAGGCCGUAAGUGGUCCUUUUAGCAUCUAAUAUUAAACGAUGGGGUUAAGUACUUUACAAAUCCAUUAUCAUCAGUCAUGAAUUUUACAUAGAACACAAUGUAUUUAUCAGUGGUUCAUAAUCAUUAUUUCUUUAGCUUGACUGUUGUCUUUACUCGCCUGAUGCCCACACUGACCAUUUAGGACAGUGUGACGAACAUUAUCGUUGCCAAGGCCAUUGACUCAGCUGCCUGUAAUGCAUUGGCUAGUGGCGAGCACUAAAACACCUGCUAACCAGGGUUGAUUAGUGGAAUCUGAGUGUUUUAAUGCUUGGCUAGAAUAAAAUGUUGACACUGCAGGACUGUAGUUAAGAGUUGAAUACCUCUACUGCUGAAGAAAUGUGUUUAGGUGAACUCUUCCACCACCCUGAUUUCCACUAGUGCAGUGUUUCCCAAACCCUGGUCCUCCAGUACCCCCAACAGUACACAUGUUUAUUGUAACCCUGGACAAGUACACCCGAAUCAACUUGUCAACUAAUCUUCAAGCCCUCAAUGAGUUGAAUGAGGGUUGUUUGUCAAGGGCUAAAACAAAACUGUGUACUGUUGGGGGUACCCGAGAACCAGGGCUGGGAAACACUGAUCAAACACAACACUGAUCCAGCCAGUUAAAUACAUCCCAGUGGUUCUCCUCCCUCUCCUUCCCCCAGGCUAUAUCCUUCCAUUAUGGAAUGGAUAAACAUAGGCUCUCAUAUCUCAUCACACACUGAAACCACCCGUUUAUCUGCAGCCAUUGUAUUUUUUGACACACCUAAUAACUCCGUAUUGAACCUUAAAAAGGCUUAACAACACGGUUAAGCACACAGGUCUGGAGCUAAUCCUAAUACUGUGACACUAAGGUGAUAGCCAGCAUGUGGUUGUUUGUGUUAUUCCUCCUCUGUGUGGAUGCGGAUUACAGUGGGCCCUUGAAGCGUGGCUUACAUGCAUCUACAAAUGACACACUGCAGUGUUAUUAGUACCAGUGAGCUGCUGCACAUAUUGUUGAUGAUGGUGGUGAGCUUUGGUCCCUUAUUUUCAAUUCCUCACAGCUUUAUUUCUUUCUCAGUUUCCAAGAAAAACAUAUUGCUCAUUGCAGUACUGUAUUAAUAGCGCUUGUUUUAUAGCUCUUUGUCUUUCUAGCCCUCUCCUUUUUUCAUUUUCUGCUCUGAAAACCCCCCCCAAACAUUUCUGUAGUAAUUUAUUCAGUACUGUAUUACUAACAUUAGUUGGUACAUGUUGUUUAUACUCCUUCCCUUUUCAUUGUGUUCUGUCCAUCAGACUGCUCCACACCAGCCACCCGUUCCCCUGCUCUGUCUGUGGAGAGGCCUUCAAACGCAGGAAGGAGCUGGACCUGCACUCCCUCACUCACCAAGGUAGCUCCUCCCCUCUCCUCUCAGCUGCCCUCCUCUCUGUGUGUCUGAUAAGUACUGGACGAGACAGAGACCAGUGCCCGUAUCCAUAAAGCGUCUUUUGGAUCAUAAUGAAUUAGAUUAUAAGGACAGUGGUGACUAUGUAGUGUGUACUAGUGUAUGUGUGGGCUGUGAAUUAGUGAAGCUGCUCAUGAUGGGGCUGAUUUCCAUGUUAAGUAUGCAGAAGUAAUCCCUGUGCCUUAGUAGUAAUUAGGGGUAUAACGGUUCACCAAACCCAUGGUUUGGUACGUAUUGCAGUUUUGGGGUCAUGGUUUCAGGAAAAUUAAAUGCCAUUCACAAUGUUCCUUGCAUUGUCUGUUGUGACCGGAUUGUUAUGUUGGGCCUGAAGUUUCCACACAAAUGCUGCGUUUGUAACCAUGUGGGAGGUGGGACUUUACCAGAUGUGAAGUCGUAAAUACCAGUUGGAUGCAUUCAUGUGAUUUGAACUCGUUGAGAAACGCGGAUUGGCUAAUGGCCAACAAGCUGUGUCAACCAUAAACUAAAAGUACAGCUAUAAUGCUUGUAAACAAAUUAUAGUUAAAAAACCACAUUAAUAGAUUGCUUUUUAUAAAUAAUAUUUAGUUGCAUUUAACUGCCAACAAUGCUGUUAUAGAGGUCAUUUCCUUACUAGGUGACGUCAGAGGUCACCAUGUGGGAGAAGUGGGUGCUCAGGAUGAUAGACAGGUUUCCCACUAGUAAUUACCCGUUUGAGUGCCGUUCAAGUGGAUUAUUCCCAGUUGAAUGUGGUAAAUUCAAGAUUCCCACUUAGUUAAGAACGCACCAUGACAUUGCCUCCUUCAGUGCCAGAUGUGGACUCUAAUAAAGGGGGCGUGUCUGUAGCACAGUACAUCUCCCACUCCGGGAUAAAUGUGAUGGGCUGUUUAUUUUUAUUGAACCUUUAUUUAACUGGGCAACACAGAGUGCAUUGGCCAAUUCAUUGAAAACUUUGGCUUUGGUUUGCCUAUAUAGAGCGUGUACUACCUGUUUGCUGAAAUGGGUCGAAGAGGGACGUUUGUAACGUGGCUCAAGCACUUUCAUAAGGUGCUAAAACCCACUAUUCUAAACCACAGAGAAUGGGCGCAUACCAAAACUAUAAACACAGCCUACCUAUCGCUCUUGUAAUUUAUUUGGCCUGAUCAAAACCAGCUGCCAAGGGCUGCUUGAAUGCAGAGGGGAGACGAUGUUGUAUAGUAGUUUCUUUGCGUUUCCAUCUUGCUCUAGUAUACUGGGGUGAUGUUGCCAUAAAUGUGUCAACAUAUUUGAAGUGUUGGCAGCUACAUAGGCUAUUCUCGUUGAGCGUGGCGACAUACUGUUACUGUUUUAUCUACAACUAUCCAUCACCGCUGUAAUCUACUGGGAAGCCAAAAUGUUCCCGAACUGGAGAUUUAAACGAUGAUGGAGGAUCCUCCAAUUCUGGUUUAUCGAAUCGACCCCACAAAUGAAUGGGUCAAAAUAUCGGCUGAUCUUCAGGUCUGGCAUCACGGCAACAUAGCUGCCGUUGACAGCAUCGGUGCGGUCGGGGUCAGAAAUGAACGCACCUCGGAGAGCGAGAGAUACAGUUGAAGUCGGAAGUUUACGUACACCUUAGCCAAAUACAUUUAAACUCAGCUUUUUACAAUUCCUGACAUUUUAAUCAUAGUAAAAAUUCCCUGUCUUAGGUCAGUUAGGAUCACCACUUUAUUUUAAAUGUGAAAUGUCAGAAUAAUAGUAGAGAGAAUGAUUUAUUUCAGCUUUUAUUUCUUUCAUCACAUUCCCAGUGGGUCAGAAGUUUACAUACACUCAAUUAGUAUUUGGUAGCAUUGCCUUUAAAUUGUUUAACUUGGGUCAAACGUUUCGGGUAGCCUUCCACAAGCUUCCCACAAUAAGUUGGGUGAAUUUUGGCCCAUUCCUCCUGACAGAGCUUGUGUAACUGUGUCAGGUUUGUAGGCCUCCUUGCUCACACAAGCUUUUUCAGUUCUGCCCACACAUUUUCUAUAGGAUUGAGGUCAGGGCUUUGUGAUGGCCAUUCAAAUACCUUGACAUUGUUGUCCUUAAGCCAUUUUGCCACAACUUUGGAAGUAUGCUUGGGGUCAUUGUCCAUUUGGAAGACCCAUUUGCAACCAAGCAUUAACUUCCUGACUGAUGUCGAGAUGUUGCUUCAAUAUAUCCACAUAAUUUUCCUUCCUCAUGAUGCCAUCUACUUUAUGAAGUGCACCAGUCCCUCCUGCAGCAAAGCACCCCCACAGCAUGAUGCUGCCACCCCCGUGCUUCACAGUUGGGAUGGUGUUCUCUAGCUUGCAAGCCUACCCCCUUUUUCCUCCAAACAUAACGAUGGUCAUUAUGGCCAAACAGUUCUAUUUUUGUUUCAUCAGACCAGAGGACAUUUCUCCAAAAAGUAUGAUCUUUGUCCCCAUGUGCAGUUGCAAACCGUAGUCUGGCUUUUUUAAUGGCGGUUUUGGAGCAGUGGCUUCUUCCUUGCUGAGCGGCCUUUCAGGUUAUGUCGAUAUAGGACUCGUUUUACUGUGGAUAUAGAUACUUUUGUACCUGUUUCCUCCAGCAUCUUCACAAGGUCCUUUGCUGUUGUUCUGGGAUUGAUUUUCACUUUUCGCACCAAAGUACGUUCAUCACUAGGAGACAGAACGCGUCUCCUUCCUGAGCGGUAUGACAGCUGUGUGGUCCCAUGGUGUUUAUACUUGCGUACUAUUGUUUGUACAGAUGAACGUGGUACCUUCAGGCGUUUGGAAAUUGCUCCCAAGGAUGAACCAGACUUGUGGAGGUCUACAAUUAUUUUUCUGAGGUCUUGGCUGAUUUCUUUUGAUUUUCCCAUGAUGUCAAGCAAAGAGGCACUGACUUUGAAGGUAGGCCUUGAAGUACAUCCACAGGUACACCUCCAAUUGACUCAAAUGAUGUCAAUUAGCCUAUCAGAAGCUUCUAAAGUCAUGACAUCAUUUUCUGGAAUUUUCCAAGCUGUUUAAAGGCACAGUCAACUUAGUGUAUGUAAACUUCUGACCCACUGGAAUUGUGAUACAGUGAAUUAUAAGUGAAAUAAUCUGUCUGUAAACAAUUGUUGGAAAAAUUACUUGUGUCAUGCACAAAGUAGAUGUCCUAACCGACUUGCCAAAGCUAUAGUUUGUUAAGAAGAAAUUUGUGGAGUGGUUGAAAAAUGAGUUUUAAUGACUCCAACUUAAGUGUAUGUAAACUUCCGACUUCAACUGUAUGUGAUUGGUUGGAAUUGAGCCAUUGAUUAUUAGUUAAUGGUCUAUUGUUGGAGAUUAUCCUUAUUAAAUGUUUCAAAGGAGGGCUCCUCAGGGAGGAUUGGUGAACGAACGCUCCAGCCCGGAGGGAGGAUUCUGCUGGGUUGGCGUUGCCGUGGUAACUGUAGAUGCCGGCGGCUAAGACAGGAUACAUCAAAGCUCAGCGGCUUCUCUCUUUUUCUCUCCUCUUCCUUUGCUCCUUUAGCUUCACAAAAACAGAGAGCCUGAGUGUGUUUUCCAACAUCCAGACUGUCAACAGUAGUGCAUGUGUCUGUCUGUGUGUCUAUAAAUAAGUUACCUUAAGCCACAUACUGUAGCCUAUACUGAGUGAUGACUAUACAGAUAGAAUACCCUGUAACCCAGUGUGAACCCAGUGUGUGUUUUGGUGGGUAGGGAAGGGCCUGUGACCAGGGCCUGUGACUGUCUAAAUACCCACUCAAUCUAUACAUCCCGGCCUUUUCAUAUUUUUAGUGUAUUUCAACUGAUUUCAUGUACACUCUCGAAACACUGUUUGGACUGUGAUAAACACUAAUUUAGUAAGUAAUUAACUCAUUCUGCCCACCCCCUCUCCCCAGAUAAGGAGCCAGUGUUGUGCCCCCACUGUUCCUCCCAGUUCCUGAACCAGUCAGUGUUGGACAUCCACCUGCAGCGCUGUACCAGCUCAGAGGAGGACAAGACU